CGUCCAGUAGCAUGUGUUCAGCCGAGCUCCUUCUCCUCUCUCUCAUCUCUCCUCUCCUCUCCUCUUCUCUUCUCCUCUCCUCUCCGGUACAAGCGGCGGGUCCCGGUGGUAACAUGGUGCGAGGAUCAGGGCGGCACUGAGGCACUUCAUAAGGACACCGCGACAAAGAAACAAAACAAACCCAAGCUUUGCACAGAUCAACACGCCGAGGAGGAAUCCAGUCGUAGUCGGACGCGUCCAACAGGCAUCUGCUUGUGACUCAGUUCCUGUUGCAGAACUCAUAGUACUGGACCAAGCAGAUUCACCCUGCUGAUGUGCUCACUAAUGGGGAGUUAUUAGUGGAAAUUGGUCUGACCCCGGGGUUGUGUCAUUGCUGUGCACACACAGACUCGUCACCAUGGGAAAGCAGAACAGCAAGCUCAGGCCGGAGAUGCUACAGGACCUGAGGGAGAACACUGAGUUUUCAGACCAUGAGCUACAGGAGUGGUACAAGGGCUUCCUUAAAGACUGCCCAAGCGGCCACCUGAACGUGGAGGAGUUCAAGAAGAUAUAUGCCAACUUCUUUCCAUACGGUGAUGCCUCCAAGUUUGCGGAGCACGUUUUCCGCACAUUUGACACCAACAAUGAUGGCACCAUCGACUUCCGGGAGUUCAUCAUCGCUCUGAGUGUGACAUCACGGGGAAAGCUGGAUCAGAAGCUGAAAUGGGCGUUCAGCAUGUACGACCUGGAUGGCAAUGGGUACAUCAGUCGUGAUGAGAUGCUCGAGAUUGUACAGGCAAUCUAUAAGAUGGUGUCCUCUGUGAUGAAGAUGCCUGAGGACGAGUCCACACCAGAGAAGAGGACUGAUAAGAUCUUCAGACAAAUGGACUUGAACAAUGAUGGUAAGCUCUCUUUGGAGGAGUUCAUAAAAGGUGCCAAGAGCGAUCCGUCCAUCGUGCGGCUGCUGCAGUGCGACCCCAGCAGUGCCUCACAGUUUUGAGUCCUUUAAGAAACAGCCGCUCUGUGCAUGAAGGUUCUCGUCUUUCAUUGUUAUUUGUGUUCCAGACGGAAGAGUUUUAAGAGAAAAGAAAAAGUACAUCAGUUUUACUUUUAGUUUCUUUGAGAAGGGGCACGCAUACACCCGAAGAACAAAGACAACACCCGCAAAGACGUCUUCUGUCUGCUGCGCUUCGUCUGUCCGUGUCUCUGAGGCCUAUCGAGCGCUCGGCUCACGGUGUUUAGACAUCGUACUCCAGGCUCCUGGUUUUGGGAAAGACCACUCCCUGGAUAUUGUGCAUGCACUCACACUCCUCCCUGCCCUCAGCUCCCUCUCUCAUCCUCACGUCUAGCUAUCCGGUUUGAAUUUUUUUCUCCUUCCUUUUUGUUUUCAUAUAGGUGUGUAUAUAUAUACAUAUAUAUGCAUAUACACAGUAUAUACACUUAUAAAACAUAUUAGGAAGCUAGUGUAGAUGCCAUUUUACUCAGACAGUAUUAUGUAGCUCACGUAAGUAUCCAAAUCCAUAAAAAAAAAAUAAAAAAAAAACCUCCAGUAGACAGUGGACUGAUGGUAGGAUUUGUUUGCUUAUGAAUAUUCAUUUAGUACGAGAAGGUUGUAGAUUCCUUCGUUUCAUUUUGUUUGAUUUUUACUUUGGUUUUGUACAUAUGUACUGUUUCUUCCAAGGUUAUUUAUUUGUUCUUUUUUUCCCCCGCAUGUGGUGUUUUAUCACAUUGUGAAACUUGUUUUCAUCUCUAUGGAAUCAUCACUGUGGUGUAGUCUUCAGGUCUGCAGCAGUAAACCACUGGUGAUCUUACGCUGAAGCAAGAUUGAAUUUAACUGCUGAUCCGAGGUAUGCAAGAGGUCCUUGUGGCGUCAUUAUCAAGGAUUUGCAAAACUCGGAAGAAAUAUUUCAUGACCGUAGUAUUAUAAGAUUCCAUCUGCCGUUCCAUUUGAACCCAGAUCCGAAUCUUUAUCGUUCUGAAGUCGUGAUUUGCGUCCGGGGAAACAUUCCAUGGUGUUCGGAAUCAGACGCAUGUAGCACAUGCGAUUCGAGGCGCUCCGUGUGUAUGUGUGAAUGUGAGCGUGAUGUGCGCAUGAUUUCUGUGCAUGUGUGUGUGCUAACUUUAUAGUAUCACUUCGUGUCGUUAAAUAAGGUAUGUUUUUGAGGUAAUACUGUGUUUUUGAGCCCCAGAUUAAGUGGCAAGUUCCCCUACCUCCUGUACUUAACAGGUCCAAUUUCAUUACUACAUCCAACCUGAAAUUUGAAAAUAUCAAAAAAUCAGUUCCAUAAUCUGACUCACACCUACAGUUAACUAUUCUCAUAAAGUUGAUCCUUUAUAAAGUUGCCAACAGUUUUGUAUUCACGCCGGAUAUUUCAAUUUGCCUAGGCUACUAACUGAGAUACUUUUGUUUUUCCUUCCAAUUUUUUAGCUACCUGCAACUGAUUUUUUUUUAUUGCAAAAUAUAUAUAUAUAUAUAUAUAUAUAUAUAUAUAUAUAUAUAUAUAUAUAAAAAUAAAACACCAAGUACUCCUAAAAUUGUCAUUUUAAAAUGCCAGAAAAGAAUGCGCAAUGAUUUAUGAUCACACCUCACUCUUAAAAAAAUUUGGUAUUUUUUCUUAAUCCAAAAAAAAAAAAAAGAGAAGAGAGGUUAUCACAGUGAGCGCUAGCUCUAAGGGCUUGUUUCCACUCUUGAUUGAAGGGGUGUAUGAAAAUAUCACUGCUUUCAUCUCUCUACUUGGUGUCACAACAACUGAGAGAAAAUUUCAUCUCCCCUCGGCAACGUUUCAAUCCGCCGCCUACGUUUUUGUGUAUGGUGAUGGAGCUUCGGUCGCUCUUGUAUCAUUACACUCCCAGCUUUUUGUCUAACUUUCCAAGACAUUGCUUCCAAAUUUGUACUGAGACUGUACAUGCUUCUGGACCCUUAUUGCAAUUUCUCUUUUAUGUUGCAUGAAAAGUUCAUGUGAAGACAUCAUGAUUGUUCCCUCCUUCUUUACUGAAAUUGAUGACAAAUACAUGUAUGUGUUUAAAACUUUGUCUGGAGGUGAUUUCUAUGAUGCUAAUUGCAUAGAAACAGAAAAGAGUUUGAGCAGUGUUAAUGUUUUCUGAUAGCUGAUUGGUCCAGUUCAUAGGGUUACAUUAUUUUACAGUAUGUGGUGAUGUGUUCUCAUGGGGCUGACAGUUCACACACAUUAAUAAGAAGUUUAUUAAAACUGACAUCAGGAGCAAAAUGUAUUCACCUAAAAUAAAUACUUUAAUCUGUUUAGCAUGUCAAUUUUUUUUUGCACAUUAAAUUUUGAAAAAAAAAAAACAAAAAAAAACACACAACAA